AUGCUGGUGUCCCGGCGACGAUCGGAUGCAUAUUCUACUCUUCCUGCGUCACGGGUGGGACCUGUGCGGGUUCUUCGGGUUUCUAUUUGUUUUGCGGGGAUGUCGAGUAGCAUGACGGUUUCGGGGGUAAUCUGGAUUCAACCUCGAUAUAUUAUCAUUAUUUCAUGGCUGAACACAUUUUAUUAUUGA